AAUAGUGUAGUUUAGCAAAUUCGUUAAAAUCCCCUUUUGGGAAUCUUCGGCCUCCCCAGCGGCAGGCAGGCAGCGCGGCGGCACGGCAGCCUCUCUCCCCUCCUCCUCCUGCUGCCCGCGUCCCCCCUUUACCUCGCAUCCGCCGCGGAUCUCCGCCUCUCCCGCCAUGAUGGACCUGGAUCCCCGCCUCUACGAGAACGUCGUUGGAUCCGUUUAGUGGGGAGGAUGCGAUGGUUAGUUUGGUUGUUUGGGGGUGCUCAUGCUAGGGCUUUUGGUGAAGAAAGAUCGGGAAUUUGUUGAUAAGGUGCUUGCAGUGCAAAAAAAUCGGUACUUCCACGAUGAGUCCGUGAGUGAUAACGAUGUCCGCAACAUAGUGUUGUCUUAUCUUAUGCACAACUGUUUUAAGGAGACUGCUGAGACAUUCUUAUCCAGCACUGGUUUGGAACUGCCUGUUGAUUACACUGUAGAUGUAGAUAAGCGUAAAGCGAUUUUUAGUUUUGUGUUGGAAGGCAAUGCCCUGAAGGCUAUAGACCUGACAGAAGAGUUGGCACCUAACUUGCUAGAGAAUGAUAUGGAUUUGCAUUUUGAUCUUUUAAGUCUUCACUUCAUUGAGUUAGUUCGUUCUAGAAAAUGCACAGAAGCUCUUGAGUUUGGUCAGAAAAAGUUGACGCCAUUUGGGAAAGUGCCCAAGUACGUUGAGAAACUAGAGGACUUUAUGGCCCUCCUAGCUUAUGAAGAGCCUGAGAAGUCACCUAUGUUUCAUCUACUAAGCCCAGAGUACAGGCAGAAUGUUGCAGAUAGCUUGAAUCGGGCUGUUCUUGCACAUGCUAAUCGACCAGCAUAUUCAUCAUUGGAGAGAGUGAUACAGCAAGCAACUGUGGUUAGACAAUACCUACAGCAGGAAGUUGGCAAGGAUUCUUACCCGCCAUUUUCUUUGAAGGCCUUUCUGAACAAGUAAGGUGCAACCAAUCAAUCGUUAGAAAGAUCACCUCCAGGGCUCCAGUCCUAUGGCCACCAGAGUUCCCUUCAGAAUGUGUAAAACAGUUGCGUGAAAGCAAGCGACGGGAUGCUCAUGCACAUAUUAUUCAGAGAACCGCCUUCUGGAUUAAACGAUAUCAUCAGUGGUGUACCAACAAUAUCAUCUGCAUCGAAAGAGGAAUGUUGUAUAACUGUUGUUUCCUCAUUUACAGUUCCCCAUUUCCCCUUUACCCGUUGACGCCAUCGAAAGUUGUACAUAUCAGAACCUUGAGCUAUUCUGUAUGUUCGUGCAGAGAUAUCGUCAGUUUGAACCAAUCUGCAGUGCACUUAUUACUAUGCCUGAUGCUUGGUCUCUACAAA